AUGUUCAGACAAACGAAAAGAAGAACUCUGGGGAGAAGAAACUUUGAAGAUUCAAAGGGCUCCCAUAUCUAUGCUGGAAAUGCGGGUUUGAAGAGUAAAGAGCUUCUGGAGACCGUUUACUCCAAUAGGCUCAGCUUCUAUUCAGUUCCACCAUUUGAAGAGAUAACACUAGACGAGUUUGAAAAGUGGGCUUUGGAUCGUUUGAAGGUGUUGAUAGAAAUUGAAUCCAGUCAUUUGAGAAACAAAACAAUGAAGGAGUUGGAAUCAAGUAUAAAACCGAUAUUAGAGAAGCAUUUACCUUUGUCCACCAACACUAAAGACGUCAACCAACUCGUUGCCGAAAGAAGGAAAGAUCAUUAUUCCCACUAUAUUCUUCGACUAGCUUUUUGUAGAUCAGAAGAUCUCAGAAACAGAUUCGUUCGGGCGGAAAGCACGCUUUUCAAGCUCAGAUACAAGAUGUUAUCGUCUCAAGAACAGAAGCAAUUUAUCAAUGGAUUGCAUCUCCCAUGGGAAGCUGUGAACGAGGAAGAAAAACAGACGCAUUUUGAGCAGCUGCUGGCAGCUUGUACUGUUCCUAUCCGUGGAAUCUUAUCCCAAGAGACUAACGUCAUGGUCACAAAUGAUUCAGUACGAGCAUUUUGUGCCAAAGAACAGUUCUUAAAAGUACCAUUUGAGUUCAUUCCAGACCUGGUUAGUUCUCACUCUAUAUUUAUGCAUAAAGGCUUUGGCUACGUUCCUCAAUUCCAACAGCUGUCCCUCAUAGCUAAUCAAUUCGUUAGCCAGUUGGCCGAAUCCCUACAGAUCACCGUGCGUUCGAUUCCAAAACUGGAUGAAGACGACCGUCUACUUCCUGUCCUUAAUCACAUAUCCAAGGGAUAUAUCGCCAACGAAUACCAAUCAGAUUUCAAAGAUGGUGAUGCUGACGUUGGUGACAUCAAUGCCGAGACCGUACAGAGCAAAUCUGUCUCUCAGCAUUACCCACUAUGUAUGUCUCAGUUAAUGAAGGGACUUAGUCAAGAGCACCACUUGAAGUAUCUGGGUAGACAGCAGCUCUCUCUAUUUUUGAAAGGUAUAGGACUGAGUGUGGAUGAAGCUUUGAAGUUUUGGUCGUUUAAUUUCACUAAGGGUCCAAUGAAUCUUGAGCAAUUUAACAAAGAGUACAGGUAUAACUUUAGGCACAAUUAUGGUUUGGAAGGUGGUAGAAUUAACUACAAGCCCUGGGAUUGUCACCAAAUUCUUUCCAAAGCAAGUCCUUCCAGGGAUGAAUAUCAUGGAUGUCCAUACAGAGAUCUUACAUCUGAGAAGCUGACUAUGGAGUUGAAUAAGAUGGGAAUUACAGAUCAAUUUGAUGUGAACACGAUAGUUGACAAUUCAUCCAGAGGAGAUUACACUAACGCCUGUACCAAGGUAUUUGAGCUUACGCACAAAAAGGAGAUUGAAAUAGCGACUCAAAAGACAAAGUUUGACCUGUCUUUGAUCACACAUCCCAAUUUAUACUUUGACAGGUCUAGAAAGCUUGCCAAACUUGCAGAGGAGACAAGUUAG